CCGCACGCCGCCGCCAUGCCUCUGGCGAGGGACCUGCUGCACCCCUCCCUGGACGAGGAGAAGAGGAAACACAAGAAGAAGCGUUUGGUUCAGAGCCCCAACUCGUAUUUCAUGGACGUCAAGUGCCCAGGUUGCUAUAAGAUCACCACCGUGUUCAGCCACGCUCAGACCGUGGUGCUGUGUGUGGGCUGCUCCACCGUGCUGUGCCAGCCCACGGGUGGCAAGGCCCGACUGACAGAAGGAUGCUCGUUCAGAAGAAAGCAGCAUUAAACACACACAGCCGGGAUGGCCGGGGCUGCACACAGCAGGUCUCAAUGCAUGGAGCUGCAAUAUAUAGAGCUGCAAUGCAUAGGGCUGCAGUGCAUGGAGCUGCAAUGCAUGGAGCUGCAUUAUAUGGAGCUGCAUUAUAUGGAGCUGCAUUAUAUGGAGCUGCAUUGCAUUGAGCCCCAGGGAGGUGUCCUGGCCGUGUGGGCCCUGCUGUCCCUGUAGCCCCAUCCAUCCUGUCAAUAAAUUUUGGAUAAAACGGU